AUGCCCAACCAUCUCCUCCGAAUCCAACAUUUCGCCUCUACCAGUAGGUCUCGCAUUGUCACAGGGGCCACGAUUCUGACUCUUGUCGCAAUUGGCUGGUUGUUCCGUCAUCUGAUAUACACAUCAUGGACGCUGGCCUCUCUCGGCGUCUACUGGAGCAGCACCGCCGACGAGUUCGUCCUCUCUAAGACGCACGACCACUUUGAUAUUACGUUUGCCGACUAUGAUGAGAACCAGCUAUCGGCUACCCCCUACGAUGACCUCGUGCCUCCGAUCCUACAUCAUAUCGUCUUCGGCAAGCACGGAAGCCGAUGGAGAGAUGAGUCGGAAGACGCGAUGCGGAGCUGCCUGGACAGGCAUCCGGGCUGGCAGUCGCACAUCUGGUCGGAAGAGAAUGCAUCCAAGUUUGUGGCCGAAAAAUUCCCCGAGCUCCGGGAAAUGUGGGAAAAUUACCCGUAUCAGAUCCAACGAAUCGACUCCCUACGAUACAUGGUCCUCUACGAAUACGGAGGGGUGAUUCUGGACGUAGACCUCCGGUGUAAGAGAGCUUUGGGCCCGUUGCGGCGGUUCAGCUUCGUCGCGCCUGAGGCUCAUCCGACCGGCUUCUCCAUCGGCUUCAUGAUGGCUGCCAAGGGAAACUCCUUUGCCGGCGACAUUGUGCGCAGCCUCUCCGUCCAUAACCGGCAGUGGCUCGGCCUGCCGUACCCAAGCGUCAUGUUCAGCACUGGAUGCCACUUCGCGUCUGUCAUCCACGCGCUGCAGCCAAACCGGACCGACCUCAAGGUUCUUCCAAAACCGAUGCAUAGCCUCAACGGACCUUCCUCAACGCCCAUCUUUGACCACCUAGGGAGCUCGUCAUGGCAUUCAUACGACGCCCGCCUGAUUACCGCACUGGGCAACCAGGCGAACCUGCCGGUUUUCCUAGUCCUGGGAGUUGCGCUGGUGCUGUUUGUUGGACGAAGGGUGAUAUUACAAUGUUUGCGGAAAAGUAAACCGCAAUCGGAGGCCGGGGUAAAACAUCACUGA